UUGCCAUGGCGGUGCGGUUCUCCAUCCAGGCCAUUCUGGACAGAAAGGAGGAGAGCCGCCAGCUGAAGGGUUUGUUCGCAGAGAGCGCGUGCUGGGAGGACGGAGAACGGCAGCGUAGCGCCUGCGUGGCGCGAGAAGAGCGGGAGGGGUAUGAGACCGACUCCGGGCUGAGCGAGGACAACGAGGACGGAGGCGGAGGCGGUGGUAGAAGAGGAAUAGGGGAGAAAAGUGUCUCCCCGAGAGCGAAGGAGAGAGACAGAGCCGCGCUGGAGGAAGAGGAGGAGGAGGAGGAUGAAGAGGAAACCGCGGAGAGCGCGAGAGCGCUGAGCGACUGCGAGCUUUCCAACAGCGUGUGCGACUCCAGCACCGUGGAGGACCCGGGCUGUUGUGAGGGGAGGACCAUCUCCGACCCCCCUAAGCAGCGGAAGAAGCGCUCUCGUGCCGCUUUCUCCCACGCUCAGGUGUUCGAGCUGGAGCGCCGCUUCAACCACCAGCGCUACCUGUCCGGCCCCGAGCGCGCGGACUUGGCAGCCUCGCUCAAGCUGACGGAGACGCAGGUGAAGAUCUGGUUCCAGAACCGCAGGUACAAGACCAAAAGGCGUCAGAUGGCUGCCGACCUUCUGGCGUCCGCCUCCGCCGCGUCCGCUUCUGUUACGGGAGCCGCCCCGGGUGCGAGGAGGGUGGCGGUCAAGGUGCUGGUGCGGGACGACCGGAGGCAGUACGCGCCGGGGGACGUGCUGCUGCGGCCUCCACUGCUCGCGCUGCCGCCCUCGUGCUACUGCCCUCCGUAUGCAUACUGCCUGCCCGCGUGGAGCCUCUCCGCUUGCGCCACAGGGAACCAGUGACGCAGCUUCCUAUUUAUUCUGCAGCGCAGCUGAGACUAAACCGAUGGACCUGGCAAAAGGAGAGGACUGCCCAGUGUCUCGCUGCGGACUGACGACAGCACAUUCGGUGUUGUCCAUAAGCCGUGUUCGAAAUGGCACCCUACUCACAGUUAACCGGUGGAGAAGCAUCCACGCGCUCUGUUCACAUACUUGCGUUCUGUAGUCUACACUCGUCUAGUAGGUAGUGCACACUAACUAAGACACGGACCACCUACCAGUCCGCUAGUACUCUAGUACCCUACAGUUAGAACCGCUGAGCACUUAGCUACAGUGGAUGCAGCUUAGAGGAUGGUUAGUUUGCAAGCCAUUAUAGCUGCUUACACUUCUCCCUUUGAGAAACGUACCGUGCGCUGUAUUUACCGUGCGCUGCAUUCAUUUACUAGCUAGCGCGAACUAGCCAAGACACUGGCUAGGCUAAACUUACCAGUCCACCAGUACUCAGUCUACACCUAAAACUGCUGCGCACUUAACUACAAUGGAUGCAAGCUAGCUAGUUUGUAGGCCAUUAUAGAUACUCACUGUUCUCCAUUUGCGAAACGCCCCACACGCUGUGUUCACAUUGCCAUACUUGUGUUCUGUAGGCUACGCUCGUCCACUAACUAGUGCAUGCUAACCAACUAAUGUAAACCAACCAGUGUCCCAGUACUUACUCGGCCUACAGCUAAAACUGCUAAUUACAGUCGAACGGGCUCACUUGUUGCUUAGUUUAGGCCUAAUAGCUGCUCACUAUAGUCCAUUGGAGAGACAGAGCACUAUGUUCAAAAUGUCCUUGCGUUCUGUAAGCCACAUACAUCUGGUAGGUAGUGCAUACAAACCAAGACACAGACUAUCUACUAGUCUGCCACUACACAGCCUACAGUUAAACCCGCUGCUCACUUAACUACAGUGAACGCAGCUCACUUGCUGGUUAGUUUGUAGGCCAUUAUAGCUACUCACUAUUCUCCACUGGAGACACCUAGCACGCAUCAUGGUCACAUUGAUAUACUCGCGUUCUGUAGGCUACAGUAUUUUGCUAACUAGCGCAUGCUAACCAGGGUAAACCUACCAGUCCACCAGCCUUUAGCUACUGCUAAUACCGCUGCACAUUUAAGUACAAUGGAUGGGGCUCGCUUGGUGGCUAGCUAAUAUAAAAACAAUAUAACAAGCAAAAUAUGAGUAAAGCUAAUGUAACAACUGUGCAGGAGACACAAGCAUAGAAAACUCAUAGAAACAAGUGAACAUAAACACAGAUAGCUUCAUCCUCAGCCAUCUGAGUAGUGGUUACUGGAAUUCUGGGAUUUCUGACUGAGCAUGUACUGUAGCCUGCUAGAAUUUUCCAAGUGCACAAAUCCAAUUCUGGCGGACUUGUUGCUAGUGUACUAGCGUUUUGGAACAAAUUAGCUAUGGCAACUAGAAGCAAAGCAUUUUAAAAUACAAGCACUCUUGAGCGAACUGUGUUCUAGAAUACAUCAAACUUUCUAGAACGCGAGUGGCCUAGGCAUCAGGCUAGCAUUGUGGAACACAUGCACACAUGAGCUUAGCCUACUCAAACACAAAUAUGCACUCGCUAAGCAAGCAAGAAUUAGUAUGCAUGAGAUAAGCGCUGUAGAACACAAGUGCACACUAUGACGGAACAAAACCAAAGUGCAAGUUCUAGAUCGAACACAUUCAACACACAAGUUAAGUGUUAUAUGAUCCAACCGUUCUAGAACAUGAAUAAGUGUCAGGAGCUAAUUGGAGUGCAACCAUGGUUUGGAUGCUACCUACUGUGGUGCGCUGUGGGACUUCGCGCGUGCACUGGAUUAUUUCUCCAUGGACAUAACCUGCAAAAUGAUGGACUUCCAAACUAGUGCACUAAAUCGAGAGCAUACAAGUGAAUAGGGUGCACUUUCGGACUUCCAAGGGACCAGGGAAGGGGCGAUGUAUCCAGAGACCUGCCUUCAACUGUUUUAAGCUGAACUAGCCCCCUGUCUCUCUACAGACUGAUGAUAUCACCUUCGGUAUUAUAAAGCGUUUGGUAUUAUUAUAUUAUUGUUUUUCUCUGAAUGUAUGGAAUGUCUUUGAUUUCGGUUCAGAGGGCAGAGAGGCUUUUUGAAGCGUUUCUUUCCUCCACUUGGAGAGCAGCUGUUGUAGGUGAACAGUGACGGUAAGACUCCAGCACUUUGCACACCUUUAUAGUCUAAAUCGUAUUUCAGGAUGGGAUCAUUGAGUUGAAGGGUUUGGUGGCAUUAAAACCUGAAACCUCG